CAGCUGGAAGCAACUCCUACGAAACCAUAGCGUCACCGAUUUUAACUCCUACGAAAACCAUGAUGUUACAAAUUUUAACUGGAAGUCAGAAUGACAUGGAAGACAUUCAUAAUAAAUGCCACUAG